CUACUUCUAGUUACAUGUUGUGGACAGUUCGUUAGGUCUUAGGUCUGUAACACCUCACGGAUCCCCACGUUUCCACUGAGGACGCCGAGGUGCGGACUGAGAAGAUUCAGCCUUCAAAGGUGCUGAAGGAUGGAGAAGAACUCCUGAAGGAGAUUGAGGAUAUCUUCAGGUGUAGCUGGGCAAGGCCUGGUGAAGACUUGACACCAGAGAUUCAGAAGCACUGUGAGCUUUGGAGCACCCGGACUGAAGCUCAUGGCAGCACCCUUUACCAAGGCUUUGCCGAGGUGGUGGAGUCUGUGGUCCAAGCACACGCAGUAGAUGGGAAAGUCUUGGGGGACGUGGAGCUAUUCAAUCGGAUGAAGGUUGACAUCAAGGAGAGCUGGAAGCACAGGACAACGCAGGCGGUACAACUAAAGGAGGCGAGCCAACGGACUGCCAACCGGGAUCACGAUCUUCGGAGCAAGGAGCAGCGAGCUCCGAAGACUGAACGACUCGGUAAGAGCCAGGCCAUUCACGAUGCGGAGCAGCUCUUGCAUGAGAUGGAGGUGCUUUUCGAAGGUGGCCAAAUGCCCGCAGCCUCCGUGGUGGCGGAGAAAUGCAAGGCCUGGCGCUUGGAACGGCUCGAGGCUGCCAAGCUUGCAGAGGAUUCAGAGAUGGGUGUUUGGCUUCAGAGUCUGAUGGACUCACUGCAAACAGCGCUGAAAGGCAGAGCUGGUGUGGAACAUUUGGGAAGAGAAGAAUUUGCACGGCUGCAGCCAAAGAUCAUCGAGCAGUGGAAGCAUCAGCUACAUGGUGUGCAACACGUGCAGUUUGACUCCAAUGCAUCACAGGGACGUGGGCGAAGCCUUCCAAGAGAUUCAAAGCACUCGAAAGUGGACGUCGCAAAAGAAGAUUUGAAGAUGCGCCUGGAAGCCUUGAUGCAGAAGGAAAUGGAUCCAAUACUUCUCGAACAAAAAGUCGAGGAGCUCGUUCAGACUUGGCAGCAACGGCAGCUCACUCAAGAUGUUGAUUCCAUCACGGCCUCCCUAAUCAAGAAUUUGGCCGAGACAGCUCGAAGCGUGACCUCCAAAGUGGGCAAAGCCAGACAAGUGGCUUCGAUCUUUGAGGAAGCUUGGAAAGCUCAGCAGACAUGGCAGAAUUGGUGUCCGCCGGGUCAGGCAGAGGUUGGCCAAGCAGGGUCUGAGCUCUUGGUAGAACUGCGACAGAUGCGCCUGGGCAGUCAGAGUGACUGGAGCAACCUCUUGGAGAGAAAGUUGGAAGAAUGGCAGGCAAGACAUCACCAGCUGCCAUUGCAGGGCUUGGCAGAGGCGACCCGGAAUGUGACGACCCACCAGGUGAACAGCGGUCGCCGGGAUUCAGCCCAGCUGAUUCAACGAAUUCAGUUGGCAUGGCAACAACAAAUGGAGGUCGCACAAAGGAGCACAAGGCCAAGCAGAGGUGCACGAAGCGCAGGCGAAAGAGGCUAUCUUGCACUCAGGCUGAGAUGAACAAGCGAAGUAGGUCUCGUCCGAAAGAAGGGCGGCCACCGGAAGCUCCAAAUCGGCCUGGAGCACGUUCCACGGAGAGGAAAGCACCCUCCGAGCCCUUUGACAUCUUGGACAGGCUAAAAGAUGGUACACCUCCUGAACCUGAGAUUGACCCGUUACGUGAACCACCACGAUCCAGUAUGAGCAUGGAGCGAGGCUUCCACCAAGAAUCAUCCAGAGCAUCUCGGAACAACAGUCCCUUUCAUGAGAUGCCAAGCCGAGGCUCCUCAGCGCACUUUGAGCACAGCAGACGUUCUUCACCAUCUCCGACACCGGAUUUGAUGCGCCUCCAGUUACGGCCGAAACUGCCGAUGGGUGGUGCUGCGAUUAUUGGGGAACAGCGGUACAAGUAGGAGGCUGCUGCAGAGACUGACCUGGCAUCAUCAUGUGAAUCUAUGUCAUUCCUGUCAUUUUUUGAUGUGGUACGAUUCGAAUUGCCUUACGCAGUUCCAGGGUUCAAAACC